AGUUUUUAGACGUUAGGUCCAUAACCUGUGUGACUGUAUCGACCCCACUGCACUGAAUGAUUAUCAGCCCUACAUUGGCUGUAAAGCCUAAAUAAUAUGUACACCUUGUUCUUUGUUCAAAACGGUCAUUGAACAGAAUAUGUAUGUGUUAUGGUGGAGUCAUAUGGCGUUCAAUUUUAAUUAUUAUACUCGGGUACCACACAUUAAAAUACAGCAUAUUUGAUGUUCACCGAACGGAACGAGUUCCGUUUACAUACGUUGCCAUGGACACUGCCGGUCAGUCUAUUGGCAAAACACAAACGAGAGACUAUGUCGAAUAGGUAUAUACAACACCUAUCUACAAAAUAGGAGAAAAUUAUUAAUAUGGAACUGUCCAAGUUCAGGUACACUGUGGUGUUGGUUUUACAGCUUGUGUUGCUGGCAGUGGACCUGUUGUUCAACACGUUCAUCCAUCGGUUUCUCGGCAACACUGGAAUAUCCAUUUUGCUUUUCAUACUUCAAGACAUUGGUCAGUUGGUCGCAUUCGCCGUGCUCCUUAUAACUUUCUUCCAAACAAACAUAUUCCAAGCCGGUUUUAUUGUAUUACUGUUCAACGAGUUUCGAUCAACAAUUAUUACCGGAGUGGUUUAUUUCAUUCUCACGUUAUUCGUACAAGCGUGGACUUUGACAAACCGUUUUAAAGGACAAGUAUACUUCUUUUGGCCCGACGGACUGUACAUAUUUUUCGUACUACAUAAAUUCAUUUCUUGCUUGCACUAUUAUUUGUACAAGAGAACUGCCUUGAACAUAUCGGACCCUAAAUUCUACACAGACGACUGGAUCAACAAUCGUAUCAAUCAAAACUCGCAACAACAAAGUCCUAAAUUUUAAACAACCAAUAAAUGGAGUAUGAGUUAAAACAAAUGUCGAGGAAAUCCAAUAAGCGACGAUGGGGAGUUAGCGAGUGACAUGUAUACCAUUGGCUGAAGUAUUAUAACAAUUGUGUAAGAGUUGUGGAAACGACAAACACGCAUUUCAACAAAUUGUAUACUAUUUUUAUUACACAAUACGUCAUAAAAAUAAACAUAAUAAAUAAAAAUAAAUAAUGACCUUUAUACAGUAAUUAACGAUACGGUCGAUUGGUUCUAAGAGUAAUUUGUUAUGAUCACCAACAUUAACAUUGUUCACGUAAAAAUAAAUAAUUCAUACAACAGACGUAUAGUUAAAACAUUGCAAAAUAUGGUAAAUGUUGAUCAGAGUUUAAAAUUAUCCACGUUGUGAAUGUAAUGUAUUGAAUUUAUAUAAAUAUAUAUAUUUGUUGUAAAAUAAUAAAUUAAGAAUAACAUACAUCAUAACACCACGGAAAUGGUGCUCAAAAUACUUAAGGAUAAUCACAUAAAGAUCUAUCUAAUGUAAAGUGGUCAUUAUUAUCACCAAGUUAUGUGCCGAAAUUUCAAAAAAUAAUAAAUAUAUAAUAAAUAAAUAAUAUCCGGAAACGAUUUGUAAAUAGAAAACUAUUAAUAAUAACUAUUUUUUCUAUUUCAAC